AUGUCAUCGACAACAACCAAGGAUGAUGUCAACUGUACCCCUCUUACCUCCUUUGACAGAAUGUUUCCCCUUCUACACCCCGAGCUCCGCCAGUAUAUCUUCGACUUGACCCGUUUUCACUACCCGCCUCGAAUGAUCCACUACGACGCUCGUAAGAUAUGGGGAUCUUCACUUCCAGUCACACUUCUUCCUUGUCAAAGCAAAGGCCGUUUGCCUCGUCAGAAUAAGGAUACAACGGAUCAACAUAAAUACACUAUGACCCCUCGAGAUCCUGAUCUCAGACGUCUUCCUCCUUGUUUCCACGUCUGCCACGCAGCUCGACAGCAAUGUUACAGAACUUUUACUUGGUUAAGGAAUGGUGUUUGGUUCGAUUGUGGUCGGGAAACCCUGUUUAUGUAUGAUGCUUCACAUCCUGAGGCGAUUUUACCGGAGUUUGAGCUGUUACCUCCGCCACCUCCUGAGUGGGACGAUGGGAAGAAGAAUUGUAGAGAGCUGGAUAUUGGAAGGCUGAAGUAUAUUAUUAUGGAUGAAGCUACUCUGGAGAGAUUCAUAACUAAUCAAGGUGGGCCCGGUUGGCAGGAUUUGUUCGGGGUGUUAAUGAAGAGAUUGAUUGAAGUCCAAAUUAUACGUGCUCCGAAGUUGCAAGAACCAUCAUGGGGACCACCAAUGCUGGCUAUACCGAUGCCGAUUGAGAGAAAGGAUAUGUUUGUUACUGGUGCAGUUAUAAGGUCGACUGGAAAUCAACUUUGGGUCAAUAGGUUAACGGGGGCAUAUUGGUAA